AAUACUAUGGUUGAACUUGAUGAACAAUCUCAUGAUAGCUAUGAAAUUGGAGGUAAAAUAAACAGUACUUCAUCUGGACGACUUCACACUGAGUCCACACAUCACAAUGGCGGAGACGAUGAUGGUCAUGGGAGAGACGAUGGUGCUAAUAGAAAACAUUUUUCGAAAGAGAACAGUAAGCCAUUAAAGGAUGCUGAAUCAGGAGUGAAGGCAAUAACAGAGAGACUCGAGUCUCUGUUGUUAAAUCAGCAAAUGGAGGUUGAUGAACUAAAGAAGAAGCACAGAUUAGCCAUAUCGGACCUUCUGAACAACUGCCUCAGGAAACCCGUGGAAAGGUCGGUAGCUGACAAAUCUGCAGGAAUGCCUCUAUCCACAGGUGAGACAAGAUCAACAAUGCUCUGUAACUGUAACGACAGCACAUCACAUGAUGAGUUAAAAGGAAAGGACGAUCAAGCCGAAACCUCGAAGCUUCUUCUUGUUUAUACUGGAAUGUGGUUUAAUUUGAUAGUUCUUUCAAAAACUUCCACGGGAGCAUAUAUUUGUACGUAUGGUUCUGUCAUUUAA